CGCAACGAGACCAUUUUUGUCUGGUUACCUUUUUGUCUGGCAAACUUUUUCAAGCAUGAUGUUCAAUUUUCUUUAAGUUGCGUCUGUAAGAUUUGCCACCCAAAGAUAAAAAGAAACAGCCAAUGAAAAGCCUUAAGUAGCCUACUCAAGUAGCCUACUCAAGUGGCCUACUCAGGUAGCCUACUCAGGUAGCCUACUUAAAAAGCAUUCAGCCAAUGAAAAACCUUAAGUAGCCUACUUAAAAUAAAUAAACAAAAAAGCCCACACGAACAUCUUUUUGUUUCAAAGAAGAAAGUUGUUUUACAUGACGAUUGAAGUAGCCGAAAUAGUGACAAUUGUACAUUAUUGUACACUUUGUCAACACGAAUAUUCUAGAUCUCAAUCAUUAAGAGAUCAUUACUGUUGUGGUUUAGUUCCAACUGAAAUAAACACGUUUCAAGGCAACGGAGGCUUAGUGGGAUGUCAGACAAGUUUAAGUAGUCAAACAGAAAAAUUAUUGAAACAUAAAGUAACAGAUGUAGAAGAAAGCAACGUCAAUUUAACGGACUUGUAUAAUGAAUGCAAUAUAAAUGAACAAUCCAGAAAAAUAAUUGAAUGUUUGAACCUUAAGCCAUUUAUUUUGGAGGAUGAAGAUGAAGACAAGCAAAGAAUGAUUUGCUUUACUCCUGAUCCGCAGCAGAUUCACAUGUUCAAGAACAACAACAAAAAAUUGAAAUUGACCCUGCCAUCAACACCAUCAUCAUCUCAUGCCAGCAAUUGCAUUCAUAUACCGAAAACACAUUCGACAAUUGACAAGAUAAUUAGAACAAGCCCAUACCGUGAAUUACUCUCUUUUAAAAAAUAUUCGGAAAUAAAUGAAAUGCAGUUAAUGUUAUUAAAUACGUCUUGGCGCUCGAAGCCCUAUCUAUCCUUAGCGCUAUCACAAUUGUUGGUUGGAUCGAUCCUUGUUAAUCAAAAUGAAAUGCUGUUGGUUAAUGGGAUCGAAUCAUAUUCUCGAUCUCCAUCCGUCGAUGCACAUUGUGAAAAAUUUAUUGGUGUUGGCCAUCAAUCCUCUGUACCAAACCUUACGUCAUCAUAUCCGAAUGAAUUAAGAUUUACAACACUACAUGAAGAUAAUUCAAAAAAAUUAAUAAUCAGUUCACGCUCAGCCAACUUUUUAGUCAUUUCAAGCAUAAGGAUCGAUCAACAAAUGAAACCUGAAGUUGGUCCUACGACAAUAAAUUUUACUCCAUCAAACAAAACAUCAAUUUACCUAGACACCAACUCAGUAAAAAAAAUUGAAGCAAUUAUUAUCGAAGGAAACAACUAUAAAUUGCCAAUGGACGUGGAUCCAAUCAAUCACAUUCGGCAACUUAGAUCCAAAUUCUGUCACAUCAGCACGUUUUGUCUUGCCAGAUGUUUUAGUGAUUUCACUGCAUCUAGCCAUUUACAGCCAUAUACAAUAUAUACGUUUGCUAAUAGCAAUUCUAAAGAAACAAAUGAUGCAGUUCUGGGAUCCAAGAUCAUGAUUAUUAUUGCUGAUGCUGUGCAUACACAACCUUUAAACCCACAAAUUAAAAAGGGGGAUUUUACAAAGCUUGUCCCAGAAAAGAAAAAGACGACAUCAAUCCAUCAAUCAUUGGAUUCAAUAAUUAAUUUAUUUGGGAAUGACUUGGAAACAUUAAACAUUAUUGGAAACACAAACCUGGCAAGUGUUUUAAGAAAUGUAGCUGACUUUACAACAGCAGGUUUGAAAAAUGGAAAUGAAUGUAUAAUUGAAAAUAUUUGGAAUUAUUUUAAAGCCGAUUUUAAAAACUAA